UCAAUUCUGCAAGUGGUUCUAAUUUACUAUCGCUGUUCUCUAGCUGGUUUAAAACUUAUUUUGACCUAAAGGGACGUUUUUUUUGGACGCCAUGGACGUUUCUCAGUUUCCAGGCAGAAAGAACAGUAAAAAUGCAGGCAGGGCACAGGACAAAGCACUAGGAACAAAAUGUAUGGGAAAUGGUUUCAUACAUGAAUUUAGUGAAUGUCACUUUUUGUCAUUUUCAAAUUUCCCUCUGUUCCGUCCCUCGUACGUCCCGACGUUGCAGGGGAUGAAACCCAGAAGACAGAUGCUGGCAUCCGCCGGAGGACAUUGCAGGGGACACUGCAGGAGGGAC